CUCCGCUGCCUCCGCUGCGGGCUGUGGUGUGAUGGCUGCCACCGAAGGAGUCGGGGAAGCUGCGACGGGUGGCGAGUCUGGCCAGCCCGAGCAGCCGCCGCCCCAGCCGCACCCACCGCCACCCCAGGAGCUGCUGGGAGAAGAGAUGGCGGCGGAGGCCGGAGAAGCAGUGGUUUCCCCAGUGGACGAUGGGUUUGUGAGCCUGGACUCGCCCACCUACGUCCUGUACAGAGACAGAGCAGAAUGGGCUGAUAUAGAUCCAGUGCCACAGAAUGAUGGUCCCAGUCCAGUGGUCCAGAUUAUCUACAGUGAGAAAUUUAGAGAUGUUUAUGAUUAUUUCCGAGCUGUUCUGCAGCGUGAUGAAAGAAGUGAACGUGCCUUUAAGCUCACCCGAGAUGCAAUAGAGUUAAAUGCUGCCAAUUAUACAGUUUGGCAUUUUCGGAGAGUUCUCUUAAAAUCACUUCAAAAGGAUCUGCAUGAGGAAAUGAACUACAUCACUGCAAUAAUUGAAGAACAGCCCAAAAACUAUCAAGUUUGGCACCAUAGGCGAGUAUUAGUAGAGUGGCUGAAGGACCCAUCUCAGGAGCUUGAGUUUAUUGCUGAUAUUCUUAAUCAGGAUGCAAAGAAUUAUCAUGCCUGGCAGCAUCGACAAUGGGUCAUUCAGGAAUUUAGACUUUGGGAUAAUGAGCUGCAGUAUGUAGACCAGCUUCUCAAAGAGGAUGUAAGAAAUAACUCUGUCUGGAACCAAAGAUAUUUUGUCAUUUCUAAUACUACUGGCUACAAUGAUCGUACUGUAUUGGAGAGAGAAGUCCAGUAUACUCUGGAAAUGAUCAAACUUGUGCCACAUAAUGAAAGUGCAUGGAACUACUUGAAAGGAAUUCUGCAGGAUCAUGGUCUUUCCAGAUACCCUAAUCUGUUAAAUCAACUCCUUGAUUUGCAACCAAGUCACAGCUCUCCAUACCUAAUUGCCUUUCUUGUGGAUAUCUAUGAAGACAUGCUAGAAAACCAAUGUGAUAACAAGGAGGACAUUCUUAAUAAAGCAUUAGAGUUAUGUGAAGUCCUAGCUAAAGAAAAGGACACUAUAAGAAAGGAAUAUUGGAGAUAUAUUGGAAGAUCUCUUCAAAGCAAACACAGUAGAGAAAGUGACUUACCCUCAAAUGUACAACAGUAACAUGACCCACAAUUUGAUGGGAUGCUUUUAUUUAUUUAAGGGACUCUACAGCAGGAGUUUAAAACUAGGGUGAUCAUGCUGUAAAACAUGCAUUGCACAGGUAUUGCUUUUUAACAAGAACUAAGUGUAAUGUUCCUUAGGUGCUGCUAUUCAGACUAGCUCUAGGAAAUUUGAUUCAUUUAAAGCUAAGUAUCGAGCAGGAAAGGGGAAGGAAAAGGUCUCAUAAGGGAACUAGUACUUUUGUAGUCUUAUCAACAUUUAAUCUGAAUGUAGAUUAGAUAGUAC